AUGGGGAACACAAGCUGGACACUGGAAGUAGAUGUAGAUGCUCAGUCUGACUGUCCUACGGGACAGCAGAGGGUUAAGAAGACUUUGUACGAUAACAAGACCAAGACGACGCAUAGCUUGAAGCCUCGAAAAAUGUCAACCUAUGGCAUGGGAUCCUGCAAAAACGAAAAAAGAACCCCGUCUUUCUCGUACAAAUUUCGUAUGGAUUGGGCGCGGGGCUCCGGAAACAAGACGCGCAUAGAAUGUCAAGACAUGCGGUUCGGCGGGGCAUUAUCGGAAGGCAUCAAUAUCCGACAUCCAGACAUCCGUAAACCCGCUUCGGAAGGAGGAAUGCAGCCUGAAAACUUUCUUCCCGGCAAAAAUUCCCGUGCAGUCUGCAAAUGGGUCUAUUCCACCUGCUGUACGACCAACAACGAUGGCCAGGCACGCGAGCACAUGCCAUAUGAAGAGGCCGUUGCCCCUCUGGUCUUGCAUUAUUGGAGGAGGAUGCCUGUCACUCGCGUGACUGCCUUCGAAUUGCCUCCGGGAGUGGGACUCGGUGGCCGACGACCCCUCCAACCGCAUUUACAUACCCGCUGGAACUCGGCGUAUCUGUAG